AGCACAGUCACCAGCAGAGUGACAUCCGUUCUGGCUUCCUCCCUCUCUAGUCUUCUCAGGACCUCUCAGGACCACAGUCUUUGGCCAGAUCCCUUCAGUCCUCGGCCCGCCAUGACCCCUCCGGGCCACCUCUUGUUCCUGCUUCUGCUCCCAGUGGCUGCAGAUCAGACGCCAGCAGGUUCCUGCUCAGGAUGUGGGCCUCUGUCCCUGCCGCUCCUGGCAGGCUUGGUGGCUGCAGAUGCGGUCUUGUCACUCAUAAUCGUGGGAGUGGUGUUUGUAUGCACGCGCCCACACAGCGGGCCUGCCCAAGAAGAUAGUAGAGUCUACAUCAACAUGCCUGGCCGAAGCUGACCUCUGCAACUUCUGGCUCUCCCGUCCUGGAUCACGAGGGGGUGCCUGGGAACACACUCCUUCCCGACUGGAAUAAAGCAAUUCAAAUGCCUCUCGUCUGUUCUUCCCAAA